AUUGUUGAAAAUGAAAACGCACCUCGGGGUUUACCCCUCUCUCUUGAAAACCUUUUUUUAAUUUUGCGUCAUAUUAAAGUACUAGAGAAAGAAAGUUUCACGCAAUAACAAACCAAAAUCUGCAUUCGGCGUCAACACGUUUUCAUACGUAGACAUGGAUAUCCAGAAGUUUUGGCUGUUUAUCUUUUUGUUUCUCGCUCAUGCAGGAGAAACUUGCGGCUCUGAAGGUCAGUACGGCAAAUGGCGAUAAGUUAAAGUUUUGUACCUUUGGAAUCAUUGAUAAGCGUGCCGUUGACAUCGGAUUAAAGGGGCUGAAAUUAAGAAGUGACGUGUAAACAAAGCUAAAGUAAGAUGUGCUCUAAGUGUACCAAUGUUUAGUUGCCCUUACAAUUAGUAGACCGUAGGAAGUAAGAACGAGUUACAAAAUUAACACUGAGAUAUGGUCUCCUCCCGCUUAUUUAAUCUUGGGUGAUGUAACUGUCAUCGUUUCAAAAACAUAUCUUACUGUGUAUAUUAAAAAAAACUGAUCUUGCGAUCAAAAAAUUGUGUUGUGCCAGAAAUAUACAAUCAGCGGGACUUAUGUCCCUCGAAAUCAAUUCCUAAGCAGUGAUACAUUUCAGACAUGUAAAACUCUGCAUGUGUUCGAAAGAAUCAUAGUGACGAAGUCCUCACGAAGGACAUGAACCAUUACUUAGUCCUUAACGCACAUUCCUUCUGCUGUAUGUCAGACCUUUAAUCAUGAUAACAAUGCAGUUGAAGUAUAUCAGAACUGAUGCAAUGCUAAAGUAAAUGUGUUCAUAAGUUUUCCUUGAUUCAGUUCGCAGUUACCAACAUUAAUGCACAUUCCUUCCACUUCAUAGGUUCAUCUGAGUCUACAAACCGCAUUGUGGCCAAAGCAUUCCAAGAGAACCUGGAAUUACAGUGUACUCUCCGUUUAAAUAUGCCUGGUUUCCUUCAUUUGGCCUGGUACCUCUGCCCCACCAUAGCACAAUGCAGGUCUAACUGGGAUAGAUACCGCAUUGCUCAAAUUAUCAACAAGACAAUUGCUUUGGUUGACUUUCCGGAAAAAUUUGAAUUAAAUGUUUACGGGACCUUGAACAUUCUGAAGGUGCAACCAGAAUAUGACGGGAAAGCGUUGCUCUGCAAGGCUAUGUUCCACAGAAUCGGGGUGAGAGAGAACGUAGCACUCAUGGAAAUAUCGAAAGAGCAGCCCAAAAUCAUAAUGAAAAGUCCACGACGUUUCCUGGUAGUCAAAGAAAUGCCACUGCAAUUAGACUGCAAAGUAAUUGGCUUCCCUCCUCCUCGCGUUAUCUGGUUGCGUGACAAGCAAGUACUUAAAAAUGUAACGAACGACGGAGUCACAAGUUUGGUGCUAAGAAAUGUUACCAACGAUGACGGUGGAGUUUAUCUUUGUAAGACUGAAAAUCAACUGGGAAAUGAUAGUUAUGCAGUGGAAGUAAAUGUCAUCGAUUUUCAGAGUUCGACUUUGACAAAUACAACAGAUAACCAUGGAGGUCGAGAAUGUGAUAUCUGCUCAGUGACUACGUACAUGUUGUUCACACUCCUGAUACUUGCAGGAGGAUAUUGAUGCAGUUUGUAUACGGAGCAGUAUAGUAGACGCUUAAACCAAGAAAAGGUUUCCCUUGUAGUUUGAUGAAUUUCUCGCCCAUAAUAUUAAUGCCGUUUUUGGAAAGAAAAAGAAAACAAACAAAAAAAAGGUUGAUGUAAGAAAAGGCAAAGAAAAGGGCAUAGAAAAAAUGAAAUGAUUUGUUUUGUUUGUUGUGAUGGAGUAAGCUUUUUUCCUGCACAUUAACAAAAGACAAAGCCAAAAUAUUAACUUCCUACCUGUAAAUAUCAACUAAAUUGGUGAUCCCGACCGAAAACGGCACUUUCCAAGGUAAUGCGUCGAAGCUAUUUAACAAUCUACCAGAAACUAUUAGAAACUAUAAAGAUUACAGAACCUUUUUAAAACUUUCAAGGGUUUUUUUAUAUAACAGAGUACAGAAUGGUUAGCUAGUUUUACUGUAAUUUCGAUUCUGUUAAUCCGACUUCUAUCUUUAAUUGCAUAUUGCGUAAUUUGUAUUUAACUUAAUUUGAUUUAUUUUUAAUUGCAAUUGAUGUACUUCAACUGGGAAGAGCCACCCAGUGGAUCUGUUAAUGAACCAUUAUUAUUAAAUAUCAAAAACAUGAAAAAGUUUAUAUGUAUAAUAUCAGGAAUUUACACUGUCUUUGUAAACAUACAAAGAGACUGGACAAAGUAAUCCAAGUCCGUAUCAUUUUUACAUCUUACUGAAUUAUUUAUUUAUUUUUGUCGUCCAGUGCCACGUGUUAUCAUCAUUUGGAAUUGAAGAGGCUGUCAGUUUUCUACUUUUUACUUUUUUUCUAUUCCUAAUUCCGUAUCAAAUUUACUGAUAGAUAAAUCAGUUGAGCUUGAAAGAGGUUAUUCCUCCAAAACCGUAUGAUAUAUAAUGAGGGGUCGACUUGGGAGGAAGAUAACACAAUUUAAUCUUUACGACUAUUAUAUAUUAUCAGAUGGUUUCUUUUUCUCUGUGAUUAAAACGAAUUUUUUUCUAA